UCUCGGCUCUCCCUCAGUUGGCCCAGCAGACUCACCGAGGACGCGCGUACGUCCGUCCGUAAGGCAGUAUAUAUCUCAAUCCUCUCCUCGCCGAGCAUCGCAUAUCUGCAUAUAUAUACGCAAAUACACACACACACACAAUAGUCCAGUGCAGUCGUGCUCGCGAGUGCCUUUUGCCGAUAUUACAUUACAAAGCAUCGAUCCUCUCUGUGUGGCCGCGCGACUCUCAUCAGUUCCGACUGGCUGUUCUCUCGGAAAGAGGAAACAGGCCCUGCUGCGAAGCAUCAGAGAGAAGCAGAAGAGCGAGUGUGGCCAGAAGCACAUUCUCUCCCUCAGAGCCGAACGCCCCGACGUCUCUUCCAUAUUCAAUGUGUAUGGCGAGUCAGUUUCCUGGUGAGUGCAUCCUCACAUACAUGGAGUUUCAGCUGGACAGCGCAGAGUACUGCCAGGCUCAACACAAAUAGAGGGCGAGCCCGAGAGAGGAGAGGCGCGAGGUGAAAAGAGAGAGAGCGAGCGAGCGAGAGAGAGGAUAUACAGAGAGAUAUAUCGAGAGAGGGUGUGUGUGUGCGUGUGUGGAUAUAGAGAGAGUGAGCACAAGAGUGUGAGAGGGGAAGCAUGUCACAUCCUUAAGCUACACUCCUACGAGCUAACUCUGCGGGGGGCGACAUCUCGAGAAUCAACCUGCUAGUCAUCACCACCACCAUCAUCGUCGUCGUCGUCAUCAUUUCCGGCUAAUCAUUCGCUAAGCUAUAUAUAUAUAUAUAUAUAUAUAUAUAUAUACACUCGCGCCCGCGAUCUCUCAUCUCUCUCUCUCUAUAUAUAUAUAUACAUAUAUAUACGUACACCGCUGCGUUACAAUACAUUACGGACGGACGGACCGCAGCGGAGCUCGUGUGUUGUUGUUGUUGUAACGACUCGAAAUUCACGUGCGUUUAUGCGAACUGACCGGUCCUCCCGAUUACACGAGGAGGAGCCGCCAGUGCCAAAUAUACAGAUAUAGAGAUAAUCUUCCGGCUCGUCGAGUAUCCCGACUGGGAAACAAGUGCAUAUCGAGAACGCCCGAUGUAACGUAGUCCCCGAGCACUUCUGCGAGUUUCGCGGCCCCAAAACCCUAUCCAGGAUCUAGAUGUAAGUGCCCGCCGUUCUGUCCUCUGUGAAAAAAAUACAGAGUAUUUUUUCUUCUUCUUCAAUCUCUGUUAUCUCCACGAGGAACGACCCGAUAAGACUGACAUCUAUGGGCUAAGGGAGUUGAUUUCGUUACGUUGUUCGCCUGCACCAAAGGAUCAGAUUCGAUUCCUUCGAUAUUGGAACAAAACAAAAAAAAAAGAAAGAAAUUUACACAAAGGAGAGUCGACGACUCAUUGCGACGACUUAUUAUUCUCUCCUUCUCUGUUCUCGUCGUUUCCUUGUAUCUCCCCCCCCCCCCCCCCCCCAAAGAAUUCCGCAGGCUAAUAAUCCGAGAAAGGAGAGACAAGUGUGCGCGAGAAUUCUCGCUAUCAACUGUCGUUCACAAGGAAAUGAGCAACAUGAGGGUCAAGGAUAUCAGACCAGCUCCUGCUGAGAUCGAAUACAAAAACAUGAAGUUCCUCAUUACGGAUCGGCCCAACGACCAGACCAUCCAUACGUUCAUCCAAGAGCUGAAGAAGCACAAUGUCAAGGAAGUUGUCAGGGUGUGCGAACCGACUUACAAGGUCGAGGAGCUCAAAUCCGAGGGUAUCAAUGUCAUUGACCUAGUUUUCGACGAUGGAACCUUCCCGCCAAACGAGGUGGUCGACGACUGGUUCGAGCUACUGAAGAAUCGAUUCCGGGAGACGCCGGAUGGCUGUGUAGCAGUGCACUGCGUGGCCGGACUUGGCAGAGCACCUGUCCUCGUGGCACUGGCCCUGAUCGAGCUUGGGCUCAAGUACGAGGACGCGGUGGCUCUGAUCAGAGAGAAGAGACGAGGCGCUAUCAACGCCAAACAGCUGGCCUAUUUGGAGAAAUAUCGUCCGAAGUCUCGACUCAAGCUCAAGAACGGACAGAAGAACUCGUGCUGCGUCCAGUAGGCGAUUUUUGAAAUCUUCUUUAUCUCCGGAAGCAUCUCUCCAUCAUUGCGAAUACCAACUUGGUAUAAACACCCAAUUACCUAGAUUUACAUACGUCUGACGACAGCGACACACCGUAUAAAACGUUUAUAAUUCGGAUAACAAAAGGGAAAUAAGCUUGUCAAUGGAAAUGCAACGACGACUUCUGGACCGAUGUCAAAAAGUAGCUCGUCGAUCGAACGAUCGUCAAAAUUUUACUCUGAAAGUGGGGAAGAAAAUAGCGUCCGGAUCAAUUGUAAAUUAUUAAUAUUAUAUUAGUACUAUAAUCAUAAUUAUUACGUCUACCGUCUCUUUUGGGUUAGCCUAGUUUUUAGUUAGCGCACUUUUUUUGCUAUGUUUUUUCUUCGCAAACAUGAAGCUAAACGAACCAACGCUUCGUGUGGACUUGCAUAUUAGUUGAACUAGACAAUUUGAAAGAUGAGAGCGGUAAAAAGUAUGUCUAAUAUACUUUGAAAGCUAUCGUUGUUUAAUUAAUUGUAAAAAGAAAAUGAAAUUGACGUACGUUUAGACACUAUCAUUAUUUUGCGUGUAAUCUCGAUUUUUCUCGUUUUUUUUUCGUUGUAUUUAUAAAUCGAAGAAGAGGAUCAUAGAAUUUUCAUUUUGUAGCCUUGUUUUCCUCUUCGUUUGUGCAAUCUCCCGAUAUUCAACAUCACGACUGCGAACGAGACGACGGAACGUUCUCAGUAUAUAUUUAGCUCCCGAUGAACAUGAUGCGACUACAGAGAUUUUUGUAUUAUAGGCACGAGUUGCAUUUCCAGUGGCACGCCUCGGGUGGGUGAAUAUUCUUAACUCUUAUUAGACCUGUACCACGCGUAAUUUGAACGAUCUACUGGUGAGAGCCGAACGAUAAAAAAAGAAAGAAAAAGAAUGGAAGCAAAAGCGACUAAUUCACACUCCAGAGUUCUUAUAUAUCACUAAAAUCUCAGCGCAACGGUUGUUUUAUUAAAGUUUCGAUAGUGUAUCUUCCUAUUUUAAAAUUUUCUGAAAAUAAAAUUACAAGAGCAUAAACAUGGGUACUACGUUCGUGUUUUCAAUUCAGUCGUCGCGCUUUAAUAAAAUUGCCGUUCAAGCUGUGCGCCACACUAAACUGUGUUCAAAAGAUUAAAAAAAAAGUAAUAGAUGAUAAACUCACUUCUGAUAAUUGAAAGAUUGUAAUAUUUAGAACUAUAAUUAUAAUACAUCGCUGCGCUUGCUUAUGCGUAAUGCGAAGAAUGUACCAGACCAAUGUUUUGCGCUUCUUGAUGUCAUCCGACUGUUUUCCAUUGUGUAAUAUUUCGCAAUAAUUCAAAAGACCACGUAUCUUUUGCAUCGUUUGUAUAUACGAUUAUUAAAUAAGAAAACGCAAGUGGGUAACGAUAUCUCACUUAACGUACGCUUGUAUUCCCUCCUUAUACCUUUUGUUUGUACCGUGAACUCGAGGCCAAAAGAAAUUGAAGAAUGCAUGAUGCGUCUUUACGUGCUCUUUCACCAAUGGACUGUACAUUCCUCGCCGUCGCAAAGUGCAGACAAAAUUCGAUGUCAAGACAUGAACAAAAAAAUAACGAUAACAAACCUAUUCUACACAACUCCUUCUUUGUAAGGUUUAAAACGAAACAAAAAAGCACUGCAAUAUUUUUUACCAGAGGAUGGAACGAGGGACGUUCAUAAUAAAACGAAAUGAAACAUGUGGAUCCCCUGAUCCAAAAUCAAGUAUGUUAAUCCCUGUAUCUAUUGAUUCUUACCUUAGUUCAAUUGUCCUUGCGAUGAUUACUUGCGUACAAUGUGAAUGUAUUUUGUAUAAUGAAUUAACUGUCUCUUGCUUUAACGCAAAGUAAAAGAAUACUUGUGAUUUUGUUAUUCUUUCACACUGUAAUCUCCAAGUUACCAUUUUCUUUCUUUUUCUUUCUCUCAUCAAAGCGAGUCCUUUAUCAAGCGCUUCUUCGAGUCACGUUCAAGGAUUAUUAAACAACACAUAGUGCGUCGUACAAAACCAUAAUACUCGACUGUGAUAUAUUUUUAUUCAAGCAUCCGAAGAAACUGAAGAAACUGAUUAUCUUCUUUUCUUCCCCAACUAGAAAUAUUGGCCAGAUUUGUACAGCUUGACUUGUUACAAACUCUUGUAUAGCUUGCCAAGAAUGGCCGAAGAACAACGUACAAAUUCAUAAAACCGACGUGAUUUUUCGAUCCUUUCCUCGAUUUACCUUCGUUACAUAGGAAAAAGCUAGUUUCUUGAAGAAGCGAUUAUAAGGACUUGACUAAUUUAUUGAGAGAUUUCGCGUUGCUUAUACAAGAAUAAAGAAAAAAAAACUAGUAACUCCUAAUUCGAACUCUAUUUGGUCUUGAAACCAUGCGUGCACUAUAAAUACUUAAUUCAAUUUUAUCACACAUCAAGUGGGAUCUCUUUAAAAUGCUUGCAACAAGUUUGCGAUGAAUGUUAAUCACAAACUGCCAGUUAAUUAUUAUGUUGCUUUCUUUUCAUGAUGCAAGCUCAAUCUUUCUUUUUAAGAUAAGAAAAAAACAAAAUAAAGAAUGUAUGUAUAAAUAUGUAUCUAGAACUUACAUAUAUAUACAUAACAAGAAUUUGCAUAAAGCAUAUUUUAAGCUGCUUAAAUAAAAAUCAAGAGCAUCUGUGCUCGCUCCGCAUUCAUGAAUGACUGGGUAACUAAGUAUAAACGACGAAAAUAACGAUAAAACAUGCUGCUGUUUAAAAGCAAGUUUACCAUUAUACGUAAUUCACAUGUUUUUCAUUUGUUGAUGUGAUUUACCACUAUACCAUUGUUCACGCAUCGAUUGAAAAAAAAAUUGAAAGCAUCGUUUUUGUUACACUGUAAACGACAUUAAUUAAAAAUAAAUGGACGUCGUUUUGUGAUGCGUUUGCAAAAUUUUCUUGAAACAUGAACAUCAAACGACAUUUAUAGAAA